AUGCCGCAGGAUGAAACCACCGCCCAGAAUUUACGUGCGCAAAUCUCAAAGGAAUUCCCCUGGUAUGAUGACCUUGCUGGCAUCAUGGGGGGGAAUCCGGCAUUAUCACUCAAGACCAUCUCAUCACGCCCAGGGGUCGACCAUUCGGCAAACUUUUUUUCUAUCUUGCGUAUGGCGGGCAGCUCCUAUUCUGACACCCUGCGCUCUGGGAGCGCUCAAUUUAACGCUCAACAGUCUCAGCCCCCCCCUCAAUCUCAGCCCCCCCUCCUAUCAAUCAGCCCCCACAUCCCUCCAGCAGUCAGCCCCCGCAUCCUUCCAGCAGUCAGCCUUACCCCCCUGCAGGUGGUCAGCCUUACCCUCCUCCCUCAAGCGGCCACCCUUACCAUCCCUCAAGCGGCCAUCCUUACCCUCCCUCCAGCAGUCAGCCCCCCCAUCCCUCGAGCGGUCAUCCUUACCCUCCCUCAAGCGGUCCUUCUUAUUCCUCUUCUUCCGACGGACUAUGCAACUGGGGCUGAGCGCCAUCAGCAGUAUGGCCAACAACCACAUCAACCUUAUUCUGGCCUGCCCCCUGCCCCCUCUCACAGCACUUUCAAUUCACCUCUCGACGACACCGACAUCAACAUGCCCGAUUAUGACGAUGACGAGACGAUGGACUUCUCCUUCAACAAUAUACCGAGGCCUCCUCCCCCCCUGCGACGGGAUUACCACGACGACCCUAACCCUAUCAGCCUCAACACUCCUUCCCCUUCCCCUCCCAUCACCCCCCCGCCUCAAUCUGAAUUCGUGCUACCACGCCCAUCGCAAACGUCUCAUCGCGACGGUCGCGCCUCCUUCAAUAUGGCUGAUCCGAAGAGGCGCACUAGCGCUGGGUCACCCAAACCAAUCUCUCGCCGUUCUUCAGGAUCUUCGCAGUCCAAGCCUGCAUCGAGGCGGGUGAAGAAGCAGCGGUCCGACAUUCAGAGUCAAGUUGACACUUACAAAGACGAGAUCGAGAAAGUGCAGUUGGACAGGGUUUCUCGAGACGAGCUGAAGAACGAACGGUAUAUGGUCAAGUACAAUAUUGCUCGUCAGCUCAACAAGCACAAGUACCUCGAAGCUGAACGCACGGGUGGUUAUGCCGAAGCUGCCGUUGCGCAUCAACGUUCCCAGGAGGCCAAAGAUGCUGAGAUAAGACUUCGUGAAGCCGAGAUCAAAGUGCAUGACACAUUGGCGAAUGUGCAUGCAGAGGAGGCGGCAACGCUAUGCCUCAAGAUCGAGCUUGCUCGUCUCACUAGUUCUAAUUCUGGGUCUUGA